CACUGCCGUUACACGCACAUGUGGAAAACGUAAACAAAAACGUUUUAUUUAAUAAUUAAUAAAAUGACAAGGAAAAAAGCUCCCAAAAAGAAAACAGAAGUUGUCUUUGACAACAAGAAGCGCAUAGAAUUUCUUAGCGGUUUCCGGAAGCGAAAAAACGAACGGCGAUCUCGAGCAAAGGCUGAACUGGAAAGGAACCUCAAAAACGAGCGCAAACGCAUUCGCCAGGAGGUGAAAGAUGGCUUCAACCACCUGAAAAAGUCAUACGAACCACUGCGUGAACUCACUGAGGAAGACAAGGCCGAAGAGGAACCGCAGGAGGAAACUUACGAAGACGACGAGGUGCAGGUGAAGAUCGUGGAGCUGACCACCAACGACCUGGCUGCCAGGCGAAAUAUGUUGGGGGCCAACACGGCAGAAGAAAGCGAGCAGGAGGAGCAGGAGUCACAAAGCGAGGAGGAUGAGGCCGACCAGCCAAAUAGGAUACCCGGCAUGGACUUCGAUCCCAACGAAGUACGCAAACGCAAAUCCCAGAAAGAGGAUGAAGAGCAUCCCAAGGCCAAGAAAGCCAAUAACAAUGCAUCGCAGCCAGAGAUAAAAAGCAAAAAGGAUCUCGACCGCCUAAUGAAGACGAAAACUCUGAAAAAAAUGCACCAGAGCAAGCUGUUCAAGCAAAAGGAGCGUCUGGACAAGAAGAACAAUCAGAAGAAGGCCAAGCGGGAUCGCAACAACACCAUCAAAAGCGUUCCAAAGCACCAGCGCAAGCAGCUCAAGUACGGAAAGGGCCAACAGACAAAGUACCGAAAGGGCCGCAUGGUCAACAAGAAGGAGCUGCGGCGUAAGCGCAACAACGCCGACUAAGUUUAGCUUUUAGCAUAGUUUGUUUUACGGUUUAUUUACUAUUACUCUAGUUGAUCAAAUAAACUGUUUAAUUCCUGGCUUUUACAAUAA